UGGCCCAGAGACUUUCCUGCAGCCACAAACCACCAAUCGCAAUCAUUGUGACGCCAACCCUUUGUUCUCUGCCUCUCACUCUGGCUUCCACCAUCUCAACAGUCUUCGGCAUCUCGACCUUGAAUCCCACGCAACCGAGGCUCAACCGGCUGCUGCUGCAUCCUUCCGUCGUGCGGCAUCUCUUGGAGAGACUGCGACUCGCCUCAGCGUUGCUUUACCUUCUCCCGUCUCUGUCGCCAUCGCUUGCGACACUAGACCAACCUCGCUUUCGCCGCUGCGCUUGCGUUGUCUUUGCCCGCAUCGAUACCAAUUCAUCUCUCAGUAUCAUCAUUGCAAAGUGCUAUACCCAAUCAAUCCCUCGGUCUCUCCGUAUUUUCGACCCUCAAGUCGUCGCGAUAAUUCGUCAAGAUGGCUAAUCCCACCGCUGACCUCAGCUCCAUCCUUCAGCUGCUCCAGGAUUCCCAGAGACCUGCCAAUGCGACUCCUCCUGUCGCCCAGCCUGGCCAGCCUGGCCCUCCUCCCUCUCUGCCCCAGGCGCCUUAUGGUGCUCCUCCGGCGCAUAACCCAUAUCCCCCUCAAGUCGCUCCGCCUGCUUACCAGCCCCCACCUCCUGCGGCCUACUCUUACCCUCAGCCUACUUCGAGCGGCAACAUCGAUUUGAGCUCAAUCAGACCCGACUCUACAGGGGCUCUAUCGUUCCAGGAGGCCAUCGAGCGAGCUAAAGCUUCUGCUACCCAGGCUGGCCUGACCCCUUAUGACCGACACAAUGCUGGGUAUCCCGGUGAUCGAGGUUCCGACUCUCGCGGAUACCAACAGAGAUCCCGGUCCAGAAGUCCCCGAGGCCGUGAAGGCUUUCGUGACAGCAACCCUUACCGAGACGAGCGCCGGGACUACGGCGCCCCGAGUCGCGACUAUGGGCGCGAUCGCUCCUUUUCCCCCCGCCGUCAGGGUUUCUCCCCCCGUGGUCACCAUGGUGGUGGCGGUCGCGACAGAGAUCGGUCUCCCCUUCGAGGCAGCGGAGACAAUGCCGAAACGAUGCAAGUGGAGAAGAGCUUGGUAGGGCUCAUUAUUGGCCGCCAGGGCGAGAACCUUCGACGUGUCGAGAGUGAGAGCCGUUGCCGCGUCCAGUUCAUCAACGCCGAGAACGAGGCCGAGCCGUAUCGCGUAUGCAGAAUCACUGGCGCCCGCGCCCAACGCGAAGAGGCCAAAGCCAUGAUCAAUCGCAUCAUUGCGGACAGCGGCAUGCGCAGCGGACCCCCUGGUGGCGGCGGUGGUGGCCAUCUUGGCGGAGACAGAGGUGGCCGUGAUGCUCCCCGUCCCGAUCGCAACGCUCCCCCCAUCCCGAAAGAAGGUGAAGAUACGCUUGUGAUUAUGGUCCCUGAUAGAACCGUGGGCCUUAUUAUCGGUCGUGGCGGUGAGACGAUUCGUGAUCUUCAGGAACGCAGUGGCUGCCACAUCAACAUCGUCUCGGAGAACAAGAGUGUGAACGGACUUCGUCCCGUCAACCUCAUCGGCACUCCAGCUGCCACCAAGAGUGCCAAGGAGCUCAUCUUAGAAAUUGUGGACAGUGACAGCCGCAAUACGGCCACUGGCGGUAACGCGCGCGCUCCUCGGAACGACGGUGGCUAUGGCGGCGGUGGCCAAGACAAAAUCAAUGAUUCCAUCUAUGUGCCCUCGGAUGCCGUUGGUAUGAUCAUUGGCAAAGGCGGCGAGACCAUCCGGGAGAUGCAGAACACCACGGGCUGCAAGAUCAAUGUAUCCCAGUCCUCUGGAAGUGGCGAGACGGAACGCGAGAUUGGGCUAGUCGGCAGCCGCGAUAGCAUCGAGCGUGCCAAGGUUGCCAUCCGUGAGAAGGUUGAAGCUGCUCAGAACAAGUCCGGUGGAGGUGGUCGUGGUGGUCAUCGUGACGGUGGUGGCGCCCGUGGUCAUCACCGUGACUAUGACAACCCGAACUAUGGCCACGCAUCUAACCAACAGAACGCUCCCCAGUCCAUGCCCGCUAGCAGUGCAACUCCUGCUGCCGGCGCGGGAGGCGAAGCUGAUCCCUAUGCUGCUUAUGGCGGUUAUGAUGCUUAUGUCGCGCUCUGGUGGCAGUCCCAAUAUGGUGCUCAACUCGGUGGCCAGACCGGGGCUUCCCAGCCUCCUGGCGCCGGCUCCUCCUGAUUGCGCCAUGAUCUAAGAUUCUUUGAUGCGAUUGUUGAUGAAAAGGCCCGCUCAUCCGACUGACACGUCAUGACAUUUUCGCUGCUGCAUUGCUGCCGUCUUGACCCUGCACCAUGAACUCUCUUUCUUUGCGGCACUCACAUAUUCAUGAUACCAAGGCAUGAAACAAGCUCAUGCAUUCAGCCCCCUACCGGACUGUUGUUUUCUGAUGACUGUACGAGUACGAACAUUUCAUUCCAGCGCGCUUUUUUCGCAGGCUUCCGGCCGCCUGCCACGGACAUUUCUUAUUCGAUACCUUUGGCCGCGUACCACGGUGGGCCAGGACUCACUUCGGAGUCUCCCUCCGCGGUUUGGACAUGAUGUUGACGGCCGUGCUGUUUCUCUCGCCCUGCAUUGCGCCUUGUUGCCCGGAUGCCAUCUGAUGCAUUGUCAUUGAUGAUGACUGAGACAACUUGACCAUCACAGGAUAGUCCUGCUUCACCUGGCCUUUCGGCGCACGUCUGUUGCUGUUCGCUUGUCGAUGCAAUGAUGCUAUGCGACAGCAGGUGGCCGAGGGCUACUUUGACAGCACAGGUGUCAGGUCUGUAUGGAGCCUCACACAGCCAGACAUUGAUAUCUUCUUUGGCCACACAACCCAGGAGGCUCGGUAUGGUAUUGGAUCCGUUCCCGCCACAUUGAAUCCAUGGAUAUGGGUGAGCUCCAGCCAAGCACGCCCCUUUCUGCAUCCGCAAACAGCGGAUAUAUUUUAUUCUGGGCGGUUUUCCCCGAAGCGCCUUUUCUUAUCUCGUCUCUUUUUCUUUUCAGCAGCUUGCAUCUCCUGGCCACAUUCAUGCGGUUUUCGUCUUGAUGCUUGUUUGCAGCGGUUAUGCGUCAUUUCUACCGGUUCACAGGAGCUUCUCUUGUUCUUCGCUCGACAUGCAUAUCGUGACUGCAUAGCGAUACUACCUACGGGAUAUGCGUUUGACCGAUCUGAACUAUCUAAUGGGUCUGGGUGUAUAUUAGCAGGCCUCGGGGAAGCCUUUCGGUGAGGCGACAAAUAAAAACGGUGAAUGGGUACGGCAAGUGAGGAUAACGGGAGGGAGGAAUUGAUACCUGAUUAGCUAGUGUAUAUUGAACUUGGCGAAGCGG